CCAGAAAUAAAUAUCACCAUAAAAAAAAAAAGAAAAAGAAAAAAAGACAUUGACUUCUUAGCCCAGCCACCUCAUUUCUUUACCUGCUUUUGUUGAACUGUGUGUUUGAAAAUUCUCAGUUCUCUGUCUAAAUUAUUUUAGUAUUUUGUUCUUUGUUUGUCUGAGUAUUUGACUCUUUCUCUCUCUCUCUCUCGGUGUUGCUGCAUGCAUUUUCUUCUUUGUUCCUUCUCCAAUUAUCAACAAGCAAAACGAUCGGUCAACGGGGUUCGAGAAUUUUAAUGAUUUUUGAACCCAGAAGUGGUUCAGGGACUUUGUAAUAACAACUCAUGAAUUUUAUUUAAGGAUAUAUAUGGAAUUUUUAUUAUUAAUGGAGCGGUUGGUGGCUUUGGUUUCGCUUUGCGCUUUUCUCUGUUCAAUUCUGUUGUUUAAUUUUGUAUCAAAGGUUUCCGCUAAUGCCGAAGGCGAUGCUUUGAAUGCAUUGAAGACCAAUUUAGCUGAUCCAAACAAUGUUCUGCAAAGUUGGGAUCCUACCCUUGUGAAUCCCUGCACAUGGUUCCAUGUAACAUGUGAUAGCGAAAAUAGUGUGACACGAGUUGAUCUUGGAAAUGCAAAUCUUACUGGUACACUGGUUCCACAACUUGGUCAGCUUUUAAAACUGCAAUACUUGGAACUUUAUAGUAAUAACAUAACUGGACCAAUCCCUGAGGAGCUUGGGAAUUUGACAGACUUGGUGAGCUUGGAUCUUUACUUGAACAAUUUAAACGGAGGGAUUCCAACCACAUUGGGCAAGCUUCAAAAACUUCGUUUUCUGCGUCUGAACAACAACACCUUGAAAGGAGAAAUUCCCCGAAUAUUAACUACAGUUCAAUCACUUCAAGUCCUAGAUCUGUCAAACAACCGUUUAACAGGAGAUAUUCCCAUAAAUGGUUCCUUUUCAUUAUUUACUCCUAUCAGUUUUAAAAAUAAUCUACUCAAUAAUCCCCCUGUCUCUCCACCUCCUCCUCUUCCUCAAGCACCACCAACUUCUACUCCAGGUAGUUCCACAGGACCAAUUGCUGGAGGAGUUGCUGCUGGUGCUGCUCUACUUUUUGCAGCCCCUGCAAUUGCGCUUGCCUGGUGGCGACGAAGGAAACCACAGGAUCAUUUCUUUGAUGUACCUGCCGAAGAAGAUCCAGAAGUUCACCUGGGCCAGCUCAAGAGAUUUUCUCUGCGUGAACUGCAAGUUGCAACAGAUACUUUUAGCAACAAAAAUAUUCUGGGAAGAGGUGGGUUUGGAAAAGUUUAUAAAGGACGUUUGGCUGAUGGUUCUCUAGUGGCAGUAAAAAGGCUCAAAGAGGAGCGUACCCAGGGUGGGGAGCUGCAGUUCCAAACUGAGGUAGAAAUGAUAAGCAUGGCUGUGCAUCGUAAUCUUCUUCGUCUUCGUGGGUUUUGCAUGACACCAACAGAACGGUUGCUUGUUUAUCCCUUUAUGGUAAAUGGAAGUGUAGCAUCAUGUUUAAGAGAACGUCCGGAAUCACAGUCUGCACUUGAUUGGCCCGUACGUAAACGAAUUGCAUUAGGAUCUGCCAGGGGGCUUGCUUAUUUGCAUGAUCAUUGUGAUCCUAAAAUUAUUCACCGUGAUGUAAAAGCUGCAAACAUAUUGUUGGAUGAGGAAUUUGAAGCAGUAGUUGGAGACUUUGGGUUGGCUAAACUUAUGGAUUACAAAGAUACUCAUGUGACCACUGCUGUACGUGGCACAAUUGGGCAUAUAGCACCGGAGUACCUCUCAACUGGAAAGUCUUCAGAAAAAACUGAUGUUUUUGGAUAUGGGGUCAUGCUUCUUGAACUAAUAACUGGUCAAAGAGCUUUUGAUCUUGCUCGGCUUGCAAAUGAUGACGAUGUCAUGUUACUUGAUUGGGUGAAAGGACUUCUUAAAGACAAGAAGUUGGAGGCACUAGUGGAUGCUGAUAUGAAGGGUGAAUAUGUUGAGGCCGAGGUGGAAGAGCUGAUCCAAGUAGCGCUACUUUGCACCCAAGGCGCCCCAAUGGAACGGCCGAAGAUGUCAGAGGUUGUUAGAAUGCUUGAAGGUGAUGGCUUGGCAGAAAGAUGGGAAGAGUGGCAGAAGGAAGAAAUGUUCCGACAAGAUUUUAAUAGUAUACAUAAUCCAAACGCUACUUGGAUCCUCGACAACAACUCUACUUCCCAAAUCCCUCCAGAUGAAUUGUCUGGUCCUAGAUGAUCCUAAAUUUCAUGGUUCCAUUCGUAGCAUGCAUAUAAAUUUCAAGUCGUUGCUUUCAUCAUUACCUUGAUUCUGUCCUUUCUUUGGUGGAAGAUGAAGAACCAACCAGAACUGGUUGAGCACAAUGUGGAGCUUCCUCAUGAUUGUCAGCCUCUUAUGCCGAACCUACCACAAACAGAUUUCCAUGCCGGUGAAGAUGCCACGGAUUGCCCUGUCUGCCUUGAGGAGUUUCUGGAGGGUGAGAGCCUCGUUAAGCAUCCUACAUGUCUCCAUGCAUUCCAUCCUGCAUGUAUUCAUACGUGGUUGACUCGGAACCAUGCUUCUUGUCCUGUUUGUAGACUCCACAUAGAGCUACAAGUUGACAAUGUUGUCUAAUUGGGCUUUUAGUAUAGCAAAAAUAAAUAUGAGCUUUCUCUUCAAGAAGCUAUUGCGUUUGUACGCCGUAGGAUUUUGUAACCAAGGAGCUUUGUGUUUUUCAUCGUGUUGAUGAAUUGAAGAAUUUUGCAGUCAACAUCCUUCUCAAAUUGGUGGUUAGUUACAUACUUGGAUCUGUGCAUCAAUUGGUUAGUCACGUACUGGGAGCCGUGCAUUAAAAGGAGAGAUUGUCACUACAGAACAAGUCUAAUUGGGUAUUGAGGUAAGGAUUCAACUGUAGAUUGGUAUAAGGUACUAAAUUCUUUUACUUGUAAUCGCUUGUUGUGAUAAAUGUGAAUUCUCGGGAGUGAUGACCUUAAAAUCACUUUGUAGGGUUUUGUCUUGGAGGUUUUCUCCAUUCGUAAACAAAUUAUCGUGUCAACUUUAUUUUCAACUACAUAUUAACUUAGUUGAUAAUUUGUUUAUGCUAUUACACGUAUUGCAUGUUAA